AUGGGCCCGCCGAUGAUGUCGCGCGGCAUCUCCAUGGCCGCCAUGGGCCACGAGGCGAGACUGAAGAUGCACGACGUGCUUUCGGUGCUCGACGACCUCCUCGCAGACAGCGAGGUUGGUCUCUGCAUUGAGAUUCUCAGUGCCCUCCGCGACUGGCAGAGCAUGUGGGACACGCCCGUCGAUGCCAACCCCGCCGACUUCCGCCAGAUGCUGGAAGAGGCGGGGCUGAUGAAGCAAGGACACCGCUGGCGGCGGCGAAGCGGGCUGAAGGAGCUCGCGACGGACGCCGUCGCGGGCGGGCGCGAGGCGCACUGCGGGCCGCAUCUCGGCGGAGAGGCCUUCGUUCCGGGCAGCCCCUCGGACCUCGGGUGCCGCAGCGAGCAGUCGCCCUCGAUCCCAGUGAGCCCGGCGAGGGCCCCGAAGCCGCCCAAGCCCGUCAGCAGGUUCAGGACCUACGACAUCCGAGGGCUCUCUCCGCGGGUGCACCCCUGGGUGCCGGACGACAGUCACGGCGGCUACCUGGCGCGCUGGUUCGUCCUCUUUACGAGCCCGUCGCAGUCCAUCCUCGGGAGGGUCGUGGAGGCCGCUCUUGUUUCCACCAUCGCGCUGAACACCGUGGCGCUGCUUCUGGAGUCCAUGCCGGAGUACCGAGACCGUCCAGAGCGGUGCGCCGAGUUAUAUGCCCAGGGGCUGCCCCUUACCGUGGAGGCCUGCGAGCCGCAACCGAGGGCGAUUUUCUCCGUCUUCGAGGUCAUCUGCGUCACCAUCUUUACCUUUGAGUACCUCGCUCGGGUUCUGACCGUCCACGCCGUCUCCGAGAGGCCACUCUGGGACACACUGCUGUACGCCAGGCAACCGCUCAACGCGAUCGACCUGCUGGCCGUGUUGCCCUACUACUGCGCCCUGCCCAUCAAGGGCAGCAACCGGAGCGCCAAGUCCAUCGUCAGCGUCUUCCGGCUUGGCCGGAUCCUCCGGCUGUUCAAGGUCACCAAGUACCUGCCCGAGACGAAGGUCUUCAUGGACACCAUGAUCAUGAGCGGCCAGCCGUUGGCCAUCCUGCUCUGUUUCAACCUGAUGCUCGUGGUGGUCUUCGCCUCCCUCAUCUACAGCGCCGAGGGCCGGCGCUUCUCUGUCGCGCUGGAGUUCACUGCCCCCACCACCGAGGCCGACUGCCCCAACAGCACGGCGCCAGCGCUGUACCCGGCAGGCGUGUUCGUGCGCAAAGACGCCGGAGGCGUCGAGGACACCAUCUCGCCCUUCCGGUCUAUCCCUUACAGCAUGUGGUGGGUCUGCACCACGAUCACGACCAUCGGCUAUGGCGACUUUGCUCCCACGACCGCCUGGGGAAAGGCCAUCGCAGUCAUGUGUUUCUACGUCGGUGUCAUCUUCUUGGCCAUGCCGAUCACAGUCCUGGGCGCCAACUUCCAGAUAAGCUACCGGCGGCGCUUCCAGGAGGACGCGACCAUGGACGACCGCAGAGUCCCAAUUGUCCGCCGAAGGACCAGCUUUGACGACAUGAAGGAUAACUACAAGAAGGCUCUCAGGACACAGGCGACGAUGAGACCUGCGUCCACGCUGUCCUGGCUACCGACGAAGAUGGGCGUCGGUCGUACCGUCUUCGCGGUCCUCGAGGAGCCCUCUUCCUGCAUCUUGGGGAACGUGUACUCGAUCUUCAUGUUGGUCGCGAUCUUGCUGUCGACCACCACAUUUGUGCUGGAGUCGAUGCCGCAGUUUCAGGAAACGAAGGAGCAGUGCAAGGUGGAUGUGACUGUGGAGAAUUGCAUGCCGCGCCCGGUUGGGACAUUCGAAUACAUCGAAUGGGUUUGCAUCUUGAUUUUUUCCGCAGACUACGUUUUCCGUGUGGCCACUGCACACACUGCCAAGGACGUGCUGGCCGAGGGCGAGAAGCGGGCGAAUGCAUCUUCAUUGAGGGUAACUCUGCGCUACGCGAGCUCAUUCCUCAAUUUAGUGGAUCUGGUCGCGAUCAUUCCUUUCUACGUCGAGCUCGUUGCCCAGAGCGGCAACAAUGGCCUUGCUGUGCUGCGAGUGCUACGUCUUGUGCGCACACUCCGCGUCCUCAAGAUGCCCAAGUUACGCCUUGGCGUCAUGAUGCUCAUGAACGUGGUUGUGGACUGCAUGCCAGCGCUGGUGCUGCUCAUCACGAUGUCGAUGCUCACCUGCAUCCUGUUCUCCGCGUGUAUUGUAUACGCCGAGGGGACAUCCUAUUCCGUCGAUCAUUUUACGGAGGAUUUUCCAUUGGGCCUCUACAUCCGGCCGACGAAGGAGGGCUUGGACGUGGAACCUUCACCUUUUCGCUCGAUCCCGUAUGCGUUCUGGUGGUUCUUCGCCACGGUCACCACGGUCGGCUACGGGGACGACUACCCCACCACCACGUUCGGCAGGAUAGUGGCGCUCUUCUGCUUCUACACCGGGAUCAUACUGCUUGCCCUGCCCGUCACCAUCAUCGGCGAUAAGUUCACAGUGUACUACCCCGAUUGGGCAAGGGCGAUGGGCCAACAACUGGACGAGGAGUUCGAAGAGGUUGCCGCCAACCCCUUCGGCAGGCACAAGAGGGCGUCCCGCAGGGCCUCUCAGAAGCGCGUGAAGACACUGCCGACCGCUGCUGGGCUGAGCAACUCUGCGCACAGGAAUAGCGUUGACAGCUCAGCGGAGCUGGCCCUGGAGCCCCUGAGUUUGCCGAACCCCUCCAGGGAGGGCGUCGCCGUGGGUGACCCAGGCCAGCAGGAGGAGGCGCCCGUCGAGUGCCACGCAGAGCGCGACGCGACGGGCAUUACCCUUUCAAUGCUCAAGGACGGCAGCGCAGAAGGCGCCAGAACGGUGCUCCCCCUCGGCAAGGUGGAGUCCCAGCCACCCAGUUGCGAAACCCGGAUGGCUUGGAGUUGA